UGCAGAGAGAAGUCAGGUAUUGAAGAGAGAUUGAGCGUUUUCCGGGUUAUAAGAUAAAACUGUUGUUUCUGAGGUUUAAAAAGAGAGUUUUUCUUGUAUUACAUUGUUAGUUGCUGGUUCACUUGAAUCUGAUGCGAAACCUUCAAACAUAAACCUUUUCCUCUUUCAGCUUUCAGUUGCAUGUUGGCGGAUUGGAAGGAUGAUAAUUUGUUAAUGGCAUUUGAUGGCGAUAAUUUUGUACUGCAAAGUUUUGAAAUUCCAAUAAUCAGCUGAGAAGGCAACCUACUACAUGUCAAAAUAAAGACAGGCGUUGAGAGUUCAAGAUAGUUGAUAGGGAGGGAGCUUCGUUUCUCAAUCACUAUCCUUGGUCCAAUAGCCGUUACUCCUCAUAAAGGAAGUCAAUUGAGACUAAAUGAAUUGAGAAAAAUCCAAACGGCAAUUUCAUGGAACAUUCUAGAGCUGGUAAACAAUACCACUCUGUGGAGCAUGGAAAUGGGGAAUUCCCUCAUGCAACUCAAGCAUUUUUGGCAGAUCCUAUAACCAGCUCAAACAUGAGUAUAAGACCUCCUGAGCCAAAAGGAUCUGAUGUCAAACCAGUACUUAAUUUUUCCAUACAGACUGGUGAGGAGUUCAAUUUUGAAUUUAUGCGGGACCGGUUAAAUCCUAAGAAGCCUUUCAUCUCAAGUUCUCUCGGUGAAUCCAGUUAUGCAACAGGAUAUAUGGAUCUAAAAGGUAUUCUAGGAAUUAGUCAUACAGAUUCUGAAAGUGGGUCUGGUAUUUCGAUGCUUAACGUAGUAGAGAAAGGUCCAAAGGGGUUUGAAAGAAAAGGAUCUAUAUAUGAAAACCAAGGUUGUUACGGGUCACUUCAAUCAAUGCGGCAAACUACCUCGGGCUAUGAAAAUAACAGAGGUCUUUUAUACAUGUCACUUGGUACCUCUGACGGCACAUCAGCAAAGAUGAAAGUUCUCUGCAGCUUUGGUGGAAAAAUCCUAUCUCGACCAAGUGACAGAAAACUAAGGUAUGUUGGAGGUGAAACACGCAUAAUUCGCAUCAGAAAGGAUAUUUCAUGGCAGGAACUUAAGCAGAAGAUAUUAGCAAUUUAUGACCAAACAGAAGUGAUCAAAUAUCAGCUUCCAGGAGAGGACUUUGAUGCUUUAGUGUCUGUGUCCUCAGAUGAAGAUCUGCAGAAUAUGAUGGAGGAAUGUAACGAGCUUCUAGACAAAGAAGCCUCUCAAAAGCUUAGGAUGUUUCUGUUCUCACUGAAUGAUUUGGAGGAUACUCAGUUUGGUGUAGGCAACAUGGAUGGUGAUUCUGAGAUUCAAUAUGUGGUAGCUGUCAAUGGAAUGGACUUCGGAACAAGGACAAGCUCUACUCUGCAGGGGUUGACAGGCUUUUCUGCUAACAAUCUAACAGAACCAGAGGGAAAGAAUAUAGACAGGGUAUCAAGCAGAGUUGCAAGAGACUCAGUUGUUAUUAGCUCUUCUAACAUUCCUGGCAGUAUGGUGUCAUCAUCAACUUUUCAGUCUUCUCAACCAGUUCUACCAAGUUCCUCAGGCACCUAUGAAAUCCAUCCACGGUUUUAUCAUGACCAGAGGGUGGGGUAUCCAUUGCAGUACGGUCAUAACUCUUCUAAUUAUUCUAAUAUUGCAGAAUUUUCUAAUUCAGUUACUCCUAAUGGGUUUAUGAAUCAACAUGAACACUUGACCGAAGUGCAACCAUACGAUGGCCUUCAACAGCAGAAUCUUCGGUUGCUGGCGACCGAGUUGAAACCAGAGGGUUCAGGCCAUCAGGGCAAUGACCUUGAAAAUCAACAUCCCUUGGGAACAGAUCACACAGUUUCUUCCCAGACACAGGAUGGAAAGGUGAUAAAUCAUUUCCCUCUUGAAGAAGUUCCAGUUGCAGUUGCUUCAAAUGAUGCAUCCCUUUUUUGGGUAAAAAAUGAAGCUAAAAACCAGGAAAAUGAAAAAGUUGUCUCAUAUUCUGAUGCUGUGAAUCAAGUGCCAGUUCCUAAACUGGGUAAUGCUGACCAUCAUUCUACUUCUAGAUAUGUUGAUUCUGAUUCCAAUCCUGCUGAUCUAAGCUACUUUGAGCCCACUGCACCUCCACACAAGGUUUACUAUUCGGAAAGAAUACCUCGGGAGCAGUUAGACUCGCUAAAUCGAUUGUCAAAGUCUGAUGAUUCAUUAGGUUCCCAUUUGCUAUUAGCCCACCCACAAUCUAAUGUGGCACAACAGGGUCCAAACACAGAAACUGUUGAAAAGUUACGAGAUAGUAAUAUUGCUUCCCAUACUGAAAGCUCAGCUGGUAAACCUUCUAAUAUCGGUCCCCAUCCUGGUGCUGUUUCUCUGAUUAACUCAAUGCUUUCUGAAGAUGUGUUGGACACAGGUUUGAAGCAAGCAGUUUCAAAUCCCGUGGACAAUAUACAAGCUCCAAACAAGGAUGGGGUUCGGGUUGGUUGUCUGAAAGAUAACCUUCCAGAUAAUGAAUCAGUGGAAACUGGACUAGGGCAACCUGUAGCAAGCGAAUCAACAUUUGCUUUGCCCCAUGAUGUCAACUUGACUAGCAAAAAUCCUCCUGGACAUUUUCAGGUUGAUUUGAGGACGGAGAGUUCAACAAAAGAUGAUUCCAGUGGUAUCAUCAGGGCAGAUCAUGGGGACAUUCUUAUUGAUAUUAAUGAUCGAUUUCCUCGUGAUUUCCUUUUUGAUAUUUUUUCCAAAGCAAUGCUUUCUGAAGAGUCCUCUGGUGUUAGCCCACUGCAAACAGAUGGAGCUGGCUUGAGCUUGAACAUGGAAGGCCAUGAGCCAAAACACUGGUCAUAUUUUCAGAAGUUGGCGCAAGAUUUUGAAGAAAAAGAUGGUUCCCUUGUCAACCGAGAUCAUAUAUCAGAUCAGUUUACUUCACGGGGUGUAGUUUCAUUGAGCCAAGCUGAAUCUGAUCAUAAUUUUGGUGAAAACAACCUGAAGGAUGGUCAACCCCAGGUGCAAAUCUGUGAAAGUAUGCAGUUCAAUGCCAUGAUAGAAAACCUAAGAACACCAGAGUCGGAUUAUGAGAAGCCGAAAUCAGAGAAGGGGAACGUUGGUCUACCUCCUUUGGAUCCUUCUCUAGGAGAUUUUUAUAUAAGUACGUUGCAGCUCAUAAAUAAUGACGAUCUUGAAGAGUUGAGGGAGUUGGGUUCUGGUACAUUUGGGACUGUAUAUCAUGGCAAAUGGAGGGGAUCAGAUGUUGCCAUCAAGAGAAUCAAGAAGAGCUGCUUCACAGGUCGAUCAUCUGAGCAAGAAAGAUUGACCAUUGAAUUUUGGCGGGAAGCUGACAUUCUUUCAAAGCUUCACCAUCCAAAUGUGGUGGCAUUUUAUGGGGUGGUGCAAGAUGGUCCUGGAGGAACAAUGGCUACUGUUACAGAGUUCAUGGUUGAUGGUUCCCUUAGGCAUGUUUUACUUCGCAAGGAUAGGUUACUUGAUCGUCGAAAGAAACUCAUAAUUGCUAUGGAUGCAGCAUUUGGGAUGGAAUAUCUACAUUCAAAAAAUAUUGUGCAUUUUGAUCUGAAAUGUGAUAAUUUACUUGUUAACUUGAAAGAUCCUUCACGGCCUAUUUGCAAGGUUGGUGAUUUUGGACUGUCUAAAAUCAAACGUAACACCCUAGUUUCUGGUGGUGUUCGGGGGACCCUACCGUGGAUGGCUCCAGAACUCUUGAAUGGGGGCAGCAAUAAGGUUUCAGAAAAGGUUGAUGUGUUCUCUUUUGGUAUUGUUCUAUGGGAGAUUUUCACUGGUGAAGAGCCUUAUGCCAAUAUUCACUAUGGUGCAAUUAUAGGAGGCAUUGUAAGUAACACGCUGAGACCAACAAUUCCAAGCUUUUGUGAUCCUGAAUGGAGAAAACUGAUGGAACAAUGUUGGUCCCCCAAUCCUGCAGCCAGGCCAUCAUUCACAGAAAUCGCUAAUCGAUUGCGGACUAUGUCAGCUGCUGCUAGCCGACAAAGCAAGGGUCACAAGGCAUCGAAAUGAAAAUGAUUUGUGAAAGCGAAAAUGUCGUUUCCACUAGAUAUUCAUUCAAUUGUUCACGCAUUCGAGUAGUAUUUAAUUAUAUAUUCACAUGGAAAUGGAGAAUCGGGGCUUCCUAAUUGUUUUUGGAAUGGAAGGCUUCUCUAUGAAGGAAUAAUAAUGUUGUUGAACAAAAUAUUGUGAUUUAGUGUACCGUUGUACUUGAUAAAAAAAACUUUAUCUUCGACCUUUUUAAACUGCGUUGACACUGGCUAACGGAUGUGCAUCUUUUCAAAUAAUUGCUACCCUUUUUAUUCACCUUAAAUUGAAUAUGGAGAUGGAGUUUGGCUUUCUAUA